CUGUGAGCUAGCCCCCUCAACUUCACGCCAAGAACUCCAAGACCUCGCCCCGAAAAAAGGCAACACUCCGCUUACAAGGCAAAGCUCGACCUGAAGGCACAGGAGAAAGCGGCUCUCCCAGACACUCAACGCCACCUUAUCCCCCCGAAAGCAAAACCGAUAUCCCGGCUUAAUCCCGCUGAAACCACUGAAGCUACAAAAUAGUCGCAUCAUGGACCCAGCUCACAUCAACAAGCAGAUCUUCCAGGCCCUCUUUCGAGGCUUGAUAAACAAAGAUGUACUUAUCCAACGGCAAACGAUUGAGCACGCUUACUUCCAGGAAGCGAGGCUCCAGAACCCUUAUUUGGUUCUUGGAAACAGGGCAGAGAUAAUAAGAGGGUUCGCAGGGCUGUCGAACGCGUGUACCGAACUUUACGCCAUAGUGGACAACGUUGAUUACGACCCAACGACCCAAAAAGCGCUGAUAAAGCUCACUCAAGUCAUCAAACCCAAGGCCCUCGGCGGCGUGAUCGCCAUAACUACCCACCAACACCUCUACCUCCAACUCGAAACCGACACCGAGCGCGGCGACAACCUCCUCCGCAUCGUCGAACACACCGAGAAACAUGUCGCGCAGGACGUCAUCAAACAGAUGCCCAUCAUCGGGAAAUACUACGAGCAUGAGAUCCGGACCGCGGUCGGGCAGUUGUCGAUGGCGGGCGCGAGCGUCAUUAAUGCGACGGGGUUGUUGGAUCUUGUGCCGGCGGCGGUACGGGUGGGAUCGGAUACGGCGACCGCUGCGCGGCAGAAAGCUGAACGUAUCGCUAGUCGGACGGCUGAGGUUGCUAUCCCGGCAUUGGAAGCCACGGGCGUGACCCCGCUCGUACGGGAUCUGUAUGGGUUGAGCAACAGAGCUCUGGGAUGGGCGGCGAACACAACCCGUGAGGCGGCGCAGAUGACGAGAUCGACCGCGGCGCAGUUUUUGGAGGAUGGGAGGGGCGACGUGGUGGAUUGUUAUAGCCCGACGUGCGAGGCGGGCAAGACAUGCUAUUGUCCGACGUGUCCGAGGGGAAAGGCGUAUCGAAUGUUGUCCGUCGAUACGGUAUCGAAAAUCAUGCGGGGGGCGUAUCAAGGAUUGGGCAAGUCGUCUUCCUCGUUCUUGAAGGUUCACCCAGCAGCUUCGGGCGAUAAUCCUCCCUCAACUUCAGCAUAGUACGUACACCUAUUUCUGUAGCAUACAAUAGCGGAGCGCGAGAUAAUCAUAUGUACAUAGCCUCACGAAGCCAACGAUAAUAUUCGCAUAAUGAGAGAAUAUUGGUGACAACCGCCUGU